CUCCCCAUUGGAAUCGCAGCUGGUUAGCGCUAGCUUAGCUAACAGCCACUAACAGGAGUGACUGCAGCGGCUCAGGAGACACCAGCAUGAACUGUCCCCCCACGAAGCGCCUCCGAGGCCUGAACCAGGGCGUGGUGACCGCGGCGGCCUUCGACGACCCUUUUGGAGACGACGAAGGCUUCACUCAGGAUGACUUGGAUGAAAUCGACAUCAUCGCCUCGCAGGCCAUCACCUCAGCUGCCGCGGGGGCCGGGACGGCGUCUAAACCCGGAACCAAACAGGCGGAGGCGGCCCGCGGGUCGACCCGGGCGUUUUCCGCGGGGCGGAGCAAACCUCUGAGCGGGACCAGUCAGAGCAGAGAGAACUCUGUCGGUUUCAACAGAGGAAACGCUGGGACACCGAGCAGGGAACCUCUGGGUACCAGGCAGCAGCAGUUCGGGUCGGACCGAGACGACUCCUACCGUCUCCUGGAGGCUCAGCAUGCGGAGCUGAAGAGGAAGCUGAAGGAGGUGGAGGAGGAGAUCCUGUUGAAGAGCGGCGAGAUCCGGGUCCUGAGAGACUCUCUGAGAGCAGCUCAGCAGGAGAAGGAGGCUCAGAGGCAGAACCAGAUGCUGCUGGACGCCGAGAAGCUGAAGGAGCAGAGCGACAGGGAGAAGGAGCUCAACAAGAAGGUUCAGUCUCUGCAGUCGGAGCUGCAGUUUAAAGAAGCGGAGAUCAAUGAGAUGAAGACCAAACUGCACAGUUCAGACAGAAACAAGGCCGCGUCCUCGCCGCUGCCCAGGAACAGCCCUAAAGUACUGACGAAUCUCGGGACCGGCAGCAGCUCGUCUUCACCGAUAGGAAACGGUUUCAUCACCAAGGAGAUGUUUGGGGCCCAGAUAACGUCCAGAACCACACCGGUGAAGACCCGGAGAGACGCGGACAGAACGGUGUCCAGCAGCAGAUCCAUCGACAGACAGGAAGCGACUCGUCCAGACCCCUUCGUGUCCGUCGUAGCUGCUCAUCGACAGCAGAAAGGUGGCGUCCUGCUGGGGUUGUUACUGCAGCAGCCUCUGUCUCCCAGCAGCCUCGGCCUCUCACACCUGCUGUCCGUGGCCGAAACACACCUGACGUCCAGUCGGCUGUCUGCAGGUUUUCUGCUCCAGUCUGGUCCUGCAGCCGCUGGAGGUGGAGGCGGAGCUCCCACGGCGGCUCUGAGUCCAGUCCAGAGUCUAGCUGUGACUGGACUCAACAUGCUGAGUCAGAACCAACCGGCCGACGGCACAAACAGGUCCAGGUGUCCCGGAGCCGUCCUCCUCCUCCCUCUGCUGGACCUCCACCUGUCUCGGCUUCGUCAGGUUCUGGACUCGCUCCGCUCCACCUCAGCCGGCAGCAGCAGCAGCAGCGGUCGGUCCGACUCCGCAGCCUCCGGCUCUGGCGGUCCGGGGAGGCCGGAGGACGCGGGUCUGACUGGGUUCAGUGUGGAGGACGCUGGUUUGGCUGCUGUGAGGCUCCUCGGCCUCCUGCUGGUUCACAGCGACGAGGUGGUGGAAGCUGUGCUGUCGAAGGAGAAUCAGAACAGACGGACAGACGACCAGACCGACCGCCCGGCUGCGAGUCUCUGCUCCCAGAAUGCUUUGCUGCAGUCGCUGCUGCGGUUGUGCGACGCGGGACUCGGCGCCGGUGGCUCGCAGCGGCAGCAGCUCAACGGCAACGCCAUGAAGACGCUGUGUGUGCUGAUCGAGAGGACGCCGCGCGCACAUGUCGACAGGUUGCUGUGUGUGCUGCCGGUGGUUUCUCUCAGCGUCUCAGCGGACAGCCGGCUGCAGACGGUCUCAGAGUGUUUGUCCGUGCUGACGUCGAUGUCCGACCACCAGGCGCUGGCCGAGCAGCUCUGCUCUCAGCACGAUCCUUGUGUUUUCCUGAAGCUCUUCCAGUUUAUCAGAACCAGACCAGACGACCAGGCGGCUCACACGGACUGGAUCCUGCUGGACCUGCAGGUGGUUCGUUUGCUGAGCCGGCUGCUGACUCAGCGAGCUGGGAGCCUGAGGAGCAGCUGUCAGUGUUACACCGAGCUGGUUCAGACGGUGGUGAUCGUCUUCCAUCGUCAGUGGUUGGAUCUCCGUGGUUCUCAGGAGCCGACGGACUCGACAGAUGUGGCUCCGCCCCUGCAGCGGUGGUGGUGGUCCGGCCCGGCGGCGUCUCUGCUCCGGGAGUGUCUGCUGCUGCUGCACUGGCUGCUGCUGCAUCACGGCAGCUUCUCGGAGAGCUGCAGGCCGCUGCUGCACAUGUACGACCAGGUGAUCCCCGCCGUCCGCGACACGCUGAGGAGGAUCCCCGAGCUGAGCGAGAGCGAAGAGCUGGCGCUGGAGGAAAUCUGCCGCUCGGAGGCCGACGACGCCGACGACAUGGACACCGGCUCCUGAUUGGCCGACUCCCCGGGUGACCCACUAACGGACACGAGGGACAGUUUAGAUGUUUCAGACGAAGACAGAGAAAGGCUCUGGUGUUCGGUCAGCCUUUGGUGUGAAGUGGAUGUUGGAGGGAGGUGACGGCUCAGAGGUCUGACCGAAGCCACGGACAGAGUCUCAGGAUUCAUUCUGCUGUCUGAUGGAUUUAACAAUAAAACGUGAAGGUGAAACGCU